AUGCUUUACAUAAAUAUACAACAGAAACUAAAGAGACUUCUAAAGAAGACCGAUAUAAUUGUGUUAGACCAGGCGUAUACACAGUUUAAAGAAAAAGUAUCUGAGCUAGGAAUAGGAAAUGUUUUAUCUGAUGAAUUAUACGAUAUAUUCCAUGAUGAAGCAGUGAGUGUACUACAGGAUAAUAAACAUUCUACUGAAGUAGAUAAUAAGAAUACUCAAAGCCCCAGUAAAGAACCAAAAGAAAUUCAGUUAUUGGAUGAUUACUUAAAAGGGAUGUUUAACACUGAUAAGUUAAACCUUGCACAGAAAGAAUAUCUUGUGCGUAAGACAAUAAAGAGACUGGCUAAUUUAGGCAUAAGUAUUGAGAAAAUAUUAGAACCACUUAAUACCACAGAGACUAAAAAAACAGAAUCUGAAAUUGAAGCAAAUCCAGAUGCUUCAAAAAAUGAAUUAUCCAAUACAACGAGUAGCACAGAAAGUAAAAAUUCAGAAGAAUCAGAAAGUGAAGUAAAUGAAGGAGGAGAUAAAGGAACAGGUGUACCAACUAACCGUACGUUAAGAUCUGUACUUUUACUAUCAGCAGUAGGUUCAAUUACAGUAACAGGUGUAUACAACUUACUCUACAAUUAA